AUGGGAGCGGUAACGUCGUCGAUGGCGGCGAAGUUCGCCUUCUUCCCGCCGAAUCCACCGUCGUACGGCAUCGGAGUCGACGAAGCUACCGGAAAAAACAAGAUCACCGGAGUUUCCACCAGAGAAAACGUUGACGUUUUGAAGCUUUGUACCAAAAGAGCGAAUAGCAUCGUUGCUUUGUAUAUAAAGAACACUUCAGCUUCACUUACGGUUCUGUAUUCUCAUGGAAACGCCGCUGAUCUGGGUCAGAUGUACGAGUUGUUCAGUGAACUCAGUAUUCACCUCCGAGUCAACCUCUUGUGUUAUGACUAUUCUGGGUAUGGUCAAUCUUCUGGGAAGCCUAGUGAACAGAACACUUAUGCAGAUAUAGAAGCUGCUUAUAAAUGUUUGGUAGAAAUGUAUGGAGCCAAAGAAGAAGAUAUUAUUCUGUAUGGACAAUCUGUUGGUAGUGGUCCUACUACAGAUUUAGCUUCCCGUUUACCCAAUCUUCGAGCUGUCAUUCUCCAUAGUCCCAUCCUAUCUGGCCUUCGAGUAAUGUAUCCUGUGAAGAGGACUUACUGGUUCGACAUUUAUAAGAACAUCGAUAAAAUUCCUUUGGUCAAUUGUCCAGUUCUGGUAAUUCAUGGAACAGCUGAUGAUGUAGUAGAUUGCUCCCACGGGAAGCAACUUUGGGAACAUUGUAAAGAAAAGUACGAACCGUUAUGGGUUAAAGGAGGAAAUCAUUGUGACCUAGAACAUUACCCUCAAUAUAUAAAGCACCUAAAGAAAUUUAUCGCAGCUAUUGAGAAAUCCUCACGUCAAAGAACCGAACCUGGACCAGCUCCUGAACAACUAGACAUACCUCGGGACAGCAAAGAUUUCAGAGAGAAACCUAGAACUAGCAUGGAUCUAAGGGAGACCUCUAGACGAAGUAUUGAAUUCAAAGAAAAGUCUAGAAUAAGCACGGACCUUAAAGAAAAAUCAAGAUCUGGAGUGGAUAAAAGAGAUAAAUCAAGAAAGAGUGUAGACCGCACCGACAAAGUAAAUAAUGGAGCAGAGAUUCCUGAGAAAGCUAGAAAUAGCAUUGACCGUUUUGGGGGGAUGGUGAGAUCGGUUGGAUUAUGCAAUAUUGAUUGUUUCAGACCCUCGGCAACUCAUGCAUAA